CAGCCGGAGUGAAUUAUUAGGAGUCUCCAAACCAGUGACGUUUUAGGCAGAGACGUCGUCGUCAUGGCGUCGACGGCGCUGCUGAGACCGGAGCUGUGUUUUUAGUUCCUAAAAAAAGAAAAGGAAAAAGGGACCGGGACGAGCCGUCGCGAUGGAGAGGAAAGCGGACGCCAGGACAGGAGACACGGGAGGGGACAGCGCGAACGCAGAGCUGUCGGGCAGCAGUCUGGGUCCGAGUUGCACAACAAGCGCCACUACUACCACCACCACCAACACUACUCCUCCAAGUGUUAGCACUAGUGCUAACGCCGCGUCUCGCGCAGAACAUCGAGCGGAUGUUUGCGAAGCGAUGGACGCGGGCGGAAAGCUCGUGCAGUCCGGAGGAGCGCCGCUGGGUCACGGUGCGUGUGAAUCCGCUGCCGGAAAUAACGCUGUCGCUCCUCCGGACUCGGAGUUAGUAAACAAGCCGAGCACGGAGGAGCCCUCUGGAGGGGCGAGGAGCGCGCGGGGGGCUAUCACCGAGCAGGAGGUGCAGGAGGCGAGCAGUGUGUGUGCUGCUGACAGCAAGGCCAAGUCCGAGUCUAAUGAAGGCACCCUGUCCCAGGGGCUGCCCAGUCUGGACUCCCUGGAGUCCUUCUCCAACCUUAACUCCUCCUGCCCGAGCUCGGAGCCUGUCAGUGAAGCUCUAGAGGAUCAGGACAAGGCUCUGGUCCCUCAGGGCCAGCCUGGGGCAGAAGGGGGCAAAGCACAGAGCUGUAGGGAGCGAGGAGGUGCAGGUCAGUCCAUCUACCACAUCAAGUGGAUCAGGUGGAAGGAGGAGAACACGCCUAUCAUCACCCAGAAUGAGAACGGUCCAUGCCCUCUGCUGGCUAUUAUGAACGUGCUCCUGCUGGCCUGGAAGGUAAAGUUGCCGCCGAUGAUGGAGAUAAUAACCGCCGAGCAGUUGAUGGAAUAUCUGGGAGACUACGUUCUUGAUGCCAAACCGAAAGAGAUCUCUGAGGCUCAGCGUUUGAACUACGAGCAGAACAUGAGCGAUGCCAUGGCAGUCCUGCACAAGCUACAGACUGGUUUGGACGUGAAUGUGAAGUUCACAGGUGUUGGGGUGUUCGAAUACACCCCCGAGUGCAUCGUCUUCGACCUGCUCGACAUCCCGCUGUACCAUGGCUGGCUGGUGGAGCCUCAGAUGAGUGAUAUAGUGAAGGCUGUGGGGAACUGCAGUUAUAACCAGCUGGUAGAGAAGAUCAUCAGUUAUAAGCAGUCGGAGAACAGUGAGCUGGCUGGAGAAGGCUUUGUGGCGGAGCAGUUCCUUCACAGCACGGCCACGCAGCUGACCUACCACGGCCUGUGUGAGCUCACAUCCACCGUGCAGGAGGGGGAACUGUGUGUGUUCUUCAGGAACAACCACUUCAGUACCAUGACCAAAUUCCAGGGCCAGCUGUACCUGCUGGUGACCGAUCAGGGCUUUCUAACUGAGGAGAAGGUGGUGUGGGAAAGUCUACACAACGUGGACGGAGACGGAAAUUUCUGCGACUCAGAGUUCCGCCUGAGACCCUCGGACCCCGAGAGUGUCUACCACGGCCAGCAGGACCAGAUCGACCAGGACUACCUGAUGGCGCUGUCGCUGCAGCAGGAGCAGCAGGUGUCUGAACUGGGCUGGGAGCAGCUUCCUGAGGGGAUCAGUGAUCUGGAGCUCGCCAAGAAGCUGCAGGAGGAGGAAGAUCGCAGGGCCUCUGAGUUCUAUCAGGAGCAGGAGGAGGAGCAGGAGCAGGCUGCUGCAGCCGCACAGGCCCAGGUUCAGGCAGCAGGAGGCCCUGCGGUUGAAGUAGCGGUCGCGGCUCCGGCGGGUGGAGGAGGAGGAGGAGGAGGAGGAGCGGCGGCGUGUCCCAGUCCGGGAAAGCACAGUUCCAGCUCGGAGCGCAAAGCCAAGAAAGAGGCCAAGGAGAAGGACAAGUGUGUGAUCCUGUAAGAGCGUCACAUCCUGCUGAGUGACGCGCAGAAAGCUCGUGGUUACACACAGACUCGGAGCUGCACGAGGACUGAGAGGGCGUGACUGAGGAGACGAUCCGCUGUUCCCAAGCCACUGGUGCCUGACGCCGUUUGCUCUCCGAACACGCAGCCGAGCGGAU